AUGGCUAUCGAAGCGCUCCACAAAAUGGUGUACUCAUCGACAAAUUUGUUCCAUCAUCAAUGCGCAUACAACUCCACCUUAUUAUCAGUCAUAACACCUAACACCCUUCAUGCUCCUUUUUACCAUACCACAAAGCCAUCGUAUAUCGCCCUCGCAGCAUCAAAGCCAUUCAACCUUCUCGCCCCGAUAUUAGUAUAUUGGGCUAUAUGCACAGUCUUUCACUAUUUAGACACCGCCAAAUAUCCAUAUUUCGAGAACAGACGUAUACAUGAAUCACCUGAAAUGAUAGCUAGAAACAAAGUGACUUUCAACGAAGUAAUCAAAGCUGUAUUCUUACAACACGCCAUACAACUCGUACUGGGCUACUUAUGGUUCGAGGAUUCCGAAGUAAUCCUCAGAGACCAGAUAUAUGUCGAUCAUCUCUCAAAAAUGGCGAAUUUGGUUCCUUGGGUAGCAGAUGGAACUUUAUUGUUACUCGGCAAGAGGGCAGGAGAACAGGUCUUAUUGAAACAUGGAGAGAAACUGGUAGCUUGGAUAUAUUGGUGGGGUAUUCCUAUAGCCCAAAUGUACUUUGCUUUUGCGGUCACAGAUACAUGGCAAUACUUCAUGCAUCGAGCAAUGCACAACAACCGAUUCCUGUAUCGACACUUCCAUUCUCACCAUCAUCGAUUAUACGUCCCAUACGCUUUUGGAGCCCUCUAUAAUCACCCAGUCGAGGGAUUCUUCCUUGAUAGUUUGGGAUCCGCAGUUGCUGAAAAGGCAGCCUUCAUGACUUUACGUCAAGCAACUCUUCUCUUCGUAAUAUCAAGUAUCAAAACGGCAGAUGAUCAUUGUGGAUAUAAGUUGUGGUGGGACCCUUGUCAAUUAUUAUUCGCAAACAACGCAGAUUAUCAUGACAUCCAUCAUCAAGCUUAUGGUAUCAAAUCAAAUUUCUCUCAACCAUACUUCACAAAUUGGGACCGAAUACUUGGUACUCAGAUGUCAAGAACAGAGGCUGACGGUAAGACAAGAUGGAAGAAACUAGGUCAUGAGUAUUCGGAACAUGACAAACAUAAUGUCAUUUCAGAAGGUCAUGCUAAAAAAGUGAAUUAG